AUGAACGCUGUUGCAACUUUGCUCUACAACCCAGCUUACUUGCCUGGUGCCAUUGUGUUGGGUUAUUCGUUGCGGAAAAUCGUCGACUCAAACACACGUUUGGUGGUGUUGGUAGACCUGUCAUGUUUCACUCACCUCCAGCUCACACUCUUACGCCAGUUAUGGGACGAAUUGGUCGACGUCAACAUGUUGGAGUCGCUGUUAACUUCCAAGUUGGUGCGGGACUUGAAGCGCCCUGAGUUGGCCAAAACCUUCCUGAAGGUCCAUUUAUGGUCUUUACCAUACGAAAAGGUGUUGUAUUUGGAUGCUGAUACACUUCCCCUCGUUGGAGAUGGUGCAGUCACCGACUUGCUCAAGUUAGACUUCCCUAGAGGUAAAAUAGUUGCUGCUCCCGACUCGGGAUUCCCCGAUAUCUUCAACUCCGGAGUGUUUGCCUUGCGCCCCGACCAGAACGACUACCAAAACUUGGUUUCGCUCAUUGGCAGCAAGAAUGAUAUCUCUUUUGAUGGUGCAGACCAAGGCUUGCUCAACCAGUACUUUAACAGCGAUCCGGACUGGGUAUCGCAGCUUCUUUCGUCCAAGUGGUCUAAUGUGGACCUGGUGUCUGCUGUGCGGACAUCCAAUUGGAUCCCCGUUCCCUUCUUGUACAACACCACUCCUACGGCGCAAUACCAGUAUUUGCCUGCGUUCAAUUAUUUUAGACCUGGAGGUCCGGGCCCCAGUAGUGCUCAAGACAACGGAGUGACUGGUUCCUCAAGAGACACAGGCGAAUCUGGUCCAGAAUCUGGUCCAGAAUCUGACACCGUAGACGAGUCAAUUCCGGCAUUGCAAACAUUGGACAACUACUUCGGCGCCGCCUCCGCUUACUUCUCCAGUGGAAACACUCGUUCGCUGGUUAAACUCUUACAUUUCAUUGGUCCACUUAAGCCUUGGAAGGGUACUAAUGCAGGGCUUUUCAAGAAGUGGUGGGACGUCUGGUUUGAGUAUUCCCAGGGUAAACUGAUUGCCGACGUCUUAUACCAGAACUUCUACAGGAUUUCUGUCACUCAAUUGCGUGCGCCAGGUGAUGCUGCUUCUGAGGCGGAGGAGUCAUUGGUAACGACAAUCCUGGACUUGGAACCUGCUCCAGUUACUCCAAAAGACUUUACUCCUGCUGACUUGUGUGACCCCUUCAACUACCAGCUGUUCUCAUCUCAGCCACAGGAGUCUGCUGUGGCCUGGGAUGCUACAGUUGAGGAACCUCCAGCCACUCAACCUCAAGACUCCGGCUUCAAUGAUGAUUUAAAAGCAUUCAGUAGCCUGUGGGAUACAAAUGAUGAAGUUUACAAUUGUCCAGGAGAGAUAGAAUAUGAAGUAAAGGAAGAAGUUGCUGAGGAAGUAUUCGUUGAUGAAGUUGAGCAAGAAGACGACGAGGAGUACUUGGAAUUGAUUGAUGACAUUCCAGAUAGCACUAACGAAACUGAUGAUGCCGAGCUUGAGUAUGGAGUUCACCCUGAUCAGAAACCAGAGAGAGUCUUCUCAGAAUCCUCAGACUAUAUGCCUCAGCAUUAUCUCUUAAUGAGACUGGAGGUCGCCCAACUGGCAGAUUCCGAAGAAGCAGAAUCGGAGGAAACUAAUGUGGCGGAACAGUUUGAAGAGCUCAGUGUUGCCGACGUCAAUGACGACAUCAUUUUGGAGGAGACUGGCUACGAGGAAGAGGAUGAGGCCGACGAGCCCUACGCCGAUACUGGAGUGCCGAAGUUGUUUCCAUGGGAAUUCCGCGACGACAACUAUCAGCCAGAGCGGGAGUUUUAA